AUGAAUGAUAAAAAUUUUAUUGAUAUGCUUCUUCAAUGUAUGGACAUAUCUAGUGCAAAACUUCCAUAUAAUAUAGAAGAAUUGAUGAAGAAAAGUGAUGCUUUUCCUAUACCAUUUCCCUUAGAAGCUGUUAGGGUGAAAACAUUAAAGAAACGGGUACCAUUAAAUAAACUAAAGAGAAAUAUUAUAUCUACGUAUUGUAUAAUACACGAAAGAGUUUUAGUUUUGAUGACACUAUUUCUUACUUAUAAAAGGGAUUACGGCUCAGAUAUGGAAAAACUAUACUAUAAGAACAUGACGGUGCCACAAUUUUUAAACAGAAUACUAUUAAAGAGAUCCGCAUUUUUCUUAGGAUCACAAGAUUGGUAUCUAUUACUUACUGGUGAAAAGGGAAUUAGUAACUGGGAAAAUGUGGGUACGUCAACGGAAAAGCAUCCUCUUGUACUAGAGAAUUGCUUAAGUUAUGAUGAGAUGAAACUUUCAGCCAUGGUAUAUGUCAGCGGGUACACGGAAUGUAUAAACGACGGAAAUAGACAAAACAAUGGUAUUGUUGCCGAAAAUAAUAUAGAAGAGGAAGCGGUUGUUAUAGGUUUAAUUGGCCCCCGGUUCCUUCGGCGCACAAAAAUGGAUUACCAAGACAUAAUUAUAGCCGAAAACCAAGAUGCUAAUGACAGUUAUUUCAGUAAUAUUUUUAAAAAGCAAGAUGCAACCCAAAAUUUAACUGAACAAUCUGAUGAUGGACUAAGACAAAUAUGGUCUGAAUUUUAUCAAAGCCCAAUCUUAGAUUUCAAUGACUUACAUGCACGUAAUACUCGUAUAGCCGAUAGCAAUAGUGCUAACUAUACGAAUAGAUUCAGAUAUGUACCAGGAUCAAAUAACACAGAAAUAUUUGAUAAUCAAAUUUAUUAUAGAAGAAUUAGUAUUAUAGCGGAAACAGGAUUGAUUGAAGCUGAGUCUAGGGCCAAAGAAAGUGGAAGAAAUGCAUUCAUUAACGUAAUUGGUUGUGGUCUCGGUGUGUGGAUGAUAUCUCCUCAUCAAUCAGACAUUUACAUAUUAACAUUUAUUGAGCGAGCGCGUACUUUUUUGAAUAUAGGCUUACUGGAUCACAUAACAGAUAUAAACUUUGCGUUUAUCCAACCUAGUGCCAAUAUAGAAGGCAUGUUUACUCAUGUAAUAAACUUGGAUAAUCAGUAUGAAGUAAGACAAGUCUUUCUUGAAAGCGAAACACAUCCAAAUGGUGGCAUAAACAUACAGAUGGCAAACCGACAGCCAUCAUCAAAGCUCACUGGUGAACAUGAGGGGAAAUUACUCGUUAUUAUCUAUCCUGGAGAUAGUAAUGCUCUCCCUGGGAAUGAAUUUUGGUUUGAAAGUUUCAAUACAUCAGGGGGUGCAGCAGCCGCAUGUUCUACUCAAAUAUCUGAAUUACACAACGCACACAUAAACCCCGCAGUUAGUGGAUAUAACGUACGUGUUAUUGGAAGAGAAGAUAAAAUUGCUCCAAAGAAGUCUAGGAUUGAUGUAAACCAAGAUCCGUUCUUCCCUUCUUACUGGUGCAAAAAAAAUUGGAAUCUUUCUAAAAUGAGUGAUUUUGAUAAAGAAUUUUUUAAACAAAGUAAAAAAAGGCGUACAUCAACAAUACCAGACAUUAUUGAAAAAUUAAUUCAACAUAGUAAAAGUUUUCCAAUACCAUUUCCAAUAGAAAGCAUAAGAUUAGAAAAGCUCAAAGAAAGCAGACCUAUAGAAAGGUUAAAAAGGAAUAUAUUAUCAACAUACCCUUUAAUACAUGAGAAAGUUUUUCUAUUGAUGAUUCAAUUUCUUAAAUACAAGUGUGAACAUGGGUCACAUAUUGAGAAGGAAUUAUACAAAGACAAAUCAGUGCUUUCCCUUAUUGACAGGAUAUUAAAAAAACGAGCUAUAACUUUUGUAGGAUCUCAUGACAAAUAUAAAUUAAUAUCUGGUGAAGAAGGUGUGGAUGGAUGGGAAAAGAUCGGUACACCAGAACAAAAACCGCCGUUAUUACUGGAAGACUGUCUAAGCUACGAUGAGAUGAAACUAUCCGCUAUGGUUUAUAUAAGCGGAUACACUGAAUGUAUCAAUAUUGGGGAAAGACUUAACAAAGGCAUCGUUAAUGAAGAUAAUAUAGAAGAAGAGGCUGUUAUUAUUGGUUUGAUAGGCCCACGUUUCCACCGACGUGGUAAAAUGGACUACGAAGACAUACUAAUUACACCUCAACAGAACUGUCCAGAAAACGGUUACGGAAAAGUUUCUAGAAGCUUCUUUGAUAUAUUCAAGACGAGGAAUAAUGUACAGAAUCGACAUGCAAAGAAAGCGUUAAGAGAUAUGUGGGAUGACUUUUAUGAGGUAACAUCAUUAUCUUAUGAAGAUGCGGUAUCUCAAAUUAAAAGUGACAAUGAAGAUCAAUGUAAAGAAAGAUUUGUGUAUGUACCAAAAGGAAUAAAUAAAUACAUAUUCGACAACGAAGUGUACUACAAGAGGCUCUGUAUCAUCGCGGAGAGCAUUUUCAUCGAAGCUGAGUUCAGAGCGAAGGAGCGCGGGAAGAGUGCCUUUGUGAAUGUUAUUGGAUGUGGUCUGGGUGCGUGGAUGAUAUCGGCGCACCAGUGCGACGUGUACGUGCUCACCUUCCUGGAGAGAGUGGGAGAGUUGUUGGAGAACGGGCGCCUGGACCACGUGGCGGAUGUCAACUUCGCGUAUGUGAUGGCUAGCCCUAACGUUGAAGAAAUAUUUUCUGACCCCCAAUACCAGGAUGAACAUUUUCCUAAAAGAAAGAAAAUCUUUUUGGAGAGUAAAACACAUCCUAAUGGUGGUAUUAACGUGCAAAUGGAGAACAGACAGCCGUCCUCAAAGCUAGUGGGCAGAGACGCGGGCAAACUGCUGGUGCUAACCUAUCCCUGGGACAGCAACGCGCAUCCCGGCAAUGAGUUCUGGUUCGGCAGCCUGUACACGUCGGGCGACCCGGCGGCGGCGUGUUCCACGCAGGUGUCGGAGCUGCACAAUGCCCACAUCAACCCGUAUGUUAGUUUUCUUCACACACGCAUCGUCACCGACGCGGGAGUGAGUCUCUUGACUGACUACUGUAUACAUAGGACGUUUACUGGCUCGGAC